AUGGAGCGCGUCGUGGUUGGCAUGCAAGACCCGGAUCUGGGCGUCGUGUUGCGGAAUCAGCGGCUUCUACUCAGCAUCAUCCCGCACGCCGUGACCGGGAAUGACAUUGUGGAGUGGCUCAUCCAGAAAUACAACAUCUUGGAGGAAGAAUCUUUGCAUCUGGGAAACCUGCUUGUGAAGCAUGGCUACAUCUAUUCUCUGAAGGAUCCUCAUACUCUGGUCUUGCGAAGGGAUGAGACUCCCUACAGGUUCCAGACCCCCUAUUUCUGGAUGAGCACCCAGUGGCUGGCCACCGACCUUGAUUAUGCCAUCUAUUUGGCAAAGAGGAAUAUUCGUAAGCAAGGUGAACUCCAUGAGCUUGAGAAGGAGGAUUAUAAGCAACUGUGCAAGAGGAUCAAUCACAUUUGGGACUUCGUGGUGAUGCAGGCUCGGGAGCAGCUCCAGGCAGCUAAACAGCGGAGGAGGGCUGACCGGAUUGUCAUUGAGUGCCAAGAACAAGCCUAUUGGCUUGUCAACAGGCCCUCGAAGAGCAUGGACUACUACAAACAGGAGAUCCGUUAUUACUGUGCUGCCCUGAGUAGGAUGCGCGUCAAGUCCUCCCUUUGCCUGCAAGGAUAUCUCAAGUUCAAUGAGCAGUAUAUAUCCCACGACCCCAUCAUCUCUGGCUGCCUCCCAAGCAAUCCAUGGAUCACUGAUGACAUCACAUACUGGGCCAUGAAUGCUCCCCGGGUCACAAUUCCCACCAAGCUGCGGGUGGAGCGCUGGAGCUUCGACUUCAGUGAGCUGAUGGGCGACAUCUUGGGCCGAGAGCAACUCCUGGAGUUCCUCAAGACAGAGUUCAGUGCCGAGAACCUGAUGUUUUGGGAGGCUUGUGAAGAGUUACGCCUGGGUGAAGAGGCCCACAUUGCAGAAGCUGUGGACUCCAUCUAUCAGGAGUUUCUAGCGCCCAGUGCCACCCGCUGGGUGAAUCUUGACAGCAAGACUAUGGAGCACACCUUGAAGGGCAUCAAGACCCCCCACCGCUACGUAAUGGACGAUGCCGAGAUGCACAUCUACAUGCUGAUGAAAAAGGACUCCUACCCACGCUUUUUGAAGUCAGAGCUUUACAAGAAGCUGCUUGCUGAGGCCCUUGUGCCACCAGAAACCAAGAAGCGGUGA